AUGGUGAGUAAGGUUCCAGGGCUCCAUGGGGUCGGGGAUCGGAUCUCGAUGGCGCAAGUGGUUCACAAAACAUCUUUGCACUAUAGAGCCGAACUACAAGCCCUAGAUAUCAGUCUUUUAGUUCUUAACAUUGCAACUGAAAAUCAGCGAUUUACUCUCGGAGACACGGCGCAGUAUAAAGCCGAGCCGCGUGUUCCUCGCAGCACAGUCGAAACCAAAGCCCGCUCUACCAAUAUGGCCCGUGCGACUAUUGCCCUUAUCCUAUUCAACAUCUUCCUGCUGAUUGCCGUGACGUCAUCAGCGCCCGCUGAGAAGCAGCCCGUGGAACUCCAAGCCGCACCAGCCCCUGAGAAAGCAGACUUGGUGUCAGCGACAGAUGACUUAAAACCAGCGGCAUCCCAUUGGGGAGGCCAUUACGGAGGCUGGGGUGGUCACUACGGAGGCUGGGGUGGACAUUAUGGACACUACCCCUACUACGGUAGCUACUGGGGCUGGCCUAGUUACGGCUAUGGCUAUGGAUACUGGCCGUACGGCGGCUACGGAGGCUACGGCGGUUUCUACGGCAGCGGCUGGUGGUAAACUAACUUUAGGAUCAUGAGAAAUCCCAGUAUUAAUCAUGAAGACCCAUUGGCAAUUCUUCGAAUUCUCUCGUAAGUGGUUUAUGUGGAGUUUGGUUACUGUCUACUUUGUGUGACUUAAAGACUUUAAUCUGAAGAUUUGAAAUAGUUUUCAUUGUUACGGCUACUGUUUUGAAGAAAAACAGUAAUAAAUAGUUUUUAAUUAUUUUAAAGGUUUUGUCAUCCACUUACAACAUUCUCACAUGGCGAAGUCGAGACGCAAUGAACUUGCCCAGUAGUACCUAUUGUAAGCAUUGUAAAUAUUUUAAGCAGAGAUACCAUUUUAUAACAGAUUGUUAUUUGAAAAUUUCACUCACGUAUGAUUUCGGUGGUUCGGCCUACACCUGUGUAUUAUAGCG